AUGGAUAGAAGAACAGGAGCCAAGUUCUUAGUAGAUACAGGGUUAGAGCUGUCAGUGUUGCCGAGAGGUUGGACCGGACGGCAGGUUAGGCCCGCAAGUCUCAAAUUAUACGCAGCAAACGGAACUCCUAUUAGAACAUAUGGCGAAAGGAGGAUGGAUCUCAACUUGGGACUGAGACGAUCCUAUGUCUGGCCAUUCAUAGUGGCAGACGUAUCGCAACCCAUUUUAGGCGCAGAUUUCUUGAGUCGUUAUAAUCUGUUGGUAGAUAUGAGGAGUAAAAGGCUGAUCGAUGGAAUUACCGGGUUGAAGGCUCAAGCUCGGUUGACCGACGCGACUGUGCAUUCAGUAUCCACACUUAAACGAGAUACGUCAACGCACUAUCUUCUCAAGGAUUUCAUUGAGAUAACUCGUCCUGGAGGGAAGAAAUCGGUCAAACACGAAGUCAGACACCAUAUAGUCACCAAAAGACCUCCAUUUGCGGAUAAAGUGCGAAGGUUGACACCGGAAAGGCAACGCUUCGCGAAAUCAGAAAUUCAACAAUGGGUGGCAGAUGGAGUAUGCAAACCAGGGAGCGGCCAAUGA